GGUUAUUCUCAGUAGAAAAUUAAAAGAGUCCAGGAUAUUAUGGCAGUAUGUUACUUCAUUGAUGAUGUCCCAAAUGUUAUGGACAGUAGGUGCUGCACAGACAUGCAGUACUGCGCCUUUACUCAAAACAACUGUUUCUGUUGGCUGCGCCUGGAGACAAAAGCCUUUUAUGCUGCGUUCAUAACCAAGUGGGAAGGUGGUAUUUAACCUUUACGACUGGUAAAAAUCCACUUGAACGCCCCUUUAACUCGUAAUAACUAGUGGGAAACUCGACUAUCAUCCCUGAGCUUCUCCCACAUGCUGACAUCUGAAGUCACCAACUAAGGAAAUUACCUCGAUAUCAGCAUUUUCGGCAGUUAAAUGUAACAAAACAUUAUUUAUAAAAAAGAAAUCUAUUAAUACGUUUUUUGAACACUUCAUUUGUUUACAAGCAUUAUAGCUGUACUUUUAGUUUAUGGUUGACACAGAUUGUUGGCCAUUAGCCAAUCAGUGUUUCUCAACAUGUUGAGAAUGCAUCCAACUGGUAUUUACAACUUGACAACUGGUAAUUACUACCUUCCCACUUGUUUAUGAACGCUGCAUAAAGCCCAACCCAAAACCAUCACACCCAAAAGCUCUCAUACCGCAGCAGCCAUGCAGCUGUCAGUAUGGAACACAUCCAGACUACCCAAAGCUACAGACAAAGGAUGUAAUGAGGGAAUAAUGAGUGUCUUUGCUACAGACCAAUAACUGUCAGUGAGUAUAAUAAGGAACAGUGUGACACUGUUGGAAAACUGAUUAUGCACUGCUAAAUAUUUUUCCUGGUGGAAAUUACACAUGUCAAACUAUUAGCCUAAUCUCCAUCAGAUGUGCAUUGAUGUGUAGCCUAUCCCAUAAAAGCAAUUCUCCUACCAGACAGUUCUGACUGUCAGGCCCAAGGGUGCACUGAAGACUCCAUGUGAUUCCAGUCAUAACACGUAGCAGGACAAACCUGGUUUGUGACCCCUAUGUCAGAGGUCACCUAGGUGAAGAGCUUCAUUAUUGUGCUCUCAUCUUUCCUCUCUUGUCAUCUCACAGAGAUUGCGAUGGAUCGGAUUGGAUGACUCCCUCUAUGAAUUUGAGAGUGGGGACAUUUCCCCAUUUCCCUCAGCUUUACCAAACCAAGUGGCGGCUGAAACACAAAAUCAAAAAGAAUUGUGGCUUUAAAGCAGAGAGAAUGUAAUUCAGUCAAUAAGAUAUAUCUUGGAACCUUGGUGGUGGAUAGAUCUACUGUGUGAUAUUCAACACUAGGACACUGCUGUAAGAUAUACUGCUGCGGUUUCACUGUGCACCCUAAUAGUGCAUACUUAAGCACUCGGCUACAUACAUAGAGGAGUCAGCACUUUCUAAGAGGUGUGUGUUUUAACAGAGAAAAUUAACCAUUGAGCCAAACCUUGUGGAAACAUUGUUUGGGAAUGCAGACUUACAGGUAAUAGGAACUGGUUACAGGGUGUGGGUCUGGUGUGUGUACCUAACAAUGAUGAGAGGUAAAGGUGUAACCAAAAAGAGCUAUGAAAGAGAAAGGGAGGGAGGGAGAGCCAGGUAGAGGUGUAGCUAGAGGGUGAAUGUGUGAGGGAGGGAGGAAGAGUGAGCUUGUCAGUGAGGGAGGGAGAAGCAGAGUGUAAGCAAGACUGUGCCCAGACACAUACAGACAGCACAGUCCAAGGAGAAAGACAUGGGUGGAGACGCUGACUGGGUGGAAGAGAAAAAAGAAGGGAGAGAUUGAGAAAGCGAUAGAAGAACGACAUACCAGAGAUUCCCUGGCUGCCAACCCUAGCUAUCGGCCAUUACCUUCUCCCAUCUCGUAGAUACAGCAGAAACCUCUGGAUUAUUUACCAGCCUCUCUCUGUGAGUGUCUGGGUUUGCUGAGCUCAACAUGCUGCUGCUGCGGUGGUGUCCUGCUGGUGUCAGUGUCAGUACUGCAGGCUGGAUCUUGCUGGGGCUGACUCUGGAGCUGUCUCUACCAGUCACAGCACUAUCAGAACCAGACCCAGGCUUCUCCCUCUGCAGACAGAGCUUCUACAGACAGACCCCCCCUCUGGGCCUCUCCGGAGGUGGGGGGGCUCUCCUGACCCCCCUCUGUCACAGGCUGCCAGGGGGACAGUCGUUCGCCACGCUCUACCACCCGACCUGUGACGCAGCUGUUUACUCUGCCUUCCAUCUCAGCCAAGGAUGGGGGGAGAGGAGGAAAGGAGGAGGGGGUAAGGGAGGAUUAUUUCAUUUCUAUUAUGUAGAAACAGUGGAAUCAUUGUCAUGCAUGGACUGCAGAAGGAGGAAGAGGACGAAAGGGUCCCAGAGUCCCCCCCUGGUGAUGACCCCAGCCCUGCUCCGAGGGGAUGUGGCGGGGGGUAAAUCCCAAGCUCGCUCUGACUCUCCCCUCCACCAGUGGGACUCCCUGGUCACAGAGCUGAUUCAGAGCAGCGUCCUGCCCCAGUGUGGCUCCACAGGGGGCCAGCUCUACGUCCUGACAGGAGCCACGGGGCUCAGGCUGGGGCCCGGGGUGGAGGAGGGUGGGGAUGAGGGGUGUGAGGCUGGGGUGCAGUGGUCUGCAGUGUGCUGUGCUGGCCCAGAGGGACAGAGUGGGUUCAGUGUGGGGGUAGUGAGAGAGACAGGGGGAGGAGGGGAGAGGGUGGUGAGUGUUAAGGAGCUGGAACACAUGAUUGGAGUGACAGAUCUAUUUUCAGAGGGUUGCGGGGAAGCAGAUGGGGCCACGGAGGGAGACAUAGUGACACUGCUCAGUGAUGCGAUGGUUGGAGUCGUAGAAAAGCAGAGAGCAGCCGCAAGGCCAGACGCCAUUCAGGAAACACUAGAUGAGACUACUGACCGAAGCAUAGAGGCACUAACUGCCGACACAGAACCUCUCAUCACUCCCUCAGUGGACAACGAGACACUGGCCUCCGAGUCGGACACAGAGUCGUCCGGCAGCACUCUGGUGUAUAUCAUCACCUCCUCUGUCUCCCUGCUCAUCGCCCCACUACGCCCUGUAGUCUCCACCCUCAUCGGGAUCCCUGGACAGGUGGCCUUUGUCCUACAGGAGGACCUGGUGGUCCUGUCUGCCCUGCCAGGUGACACCCUCUCUGUGUUCUACAACAUGGCGUCUGACCUGGUGUCUGGGGUCGGCUCAGUCACAGGCCUGAUACUUGGUGUGGGGGAGAUGUGCUUCUCCACCCUGUACUGCAUUACAGCCCCUCUGGUGGGCUCCCUUGUUCACCAGCUGCCAGGACGGGGUCACAGGGGUGGGCACCCUGGCCUGGGAUGGGGUGGGCAUAUUCGGGGGGAUCGUGGACAAUGCCUGGUGGGUGUCCAGGGUGGUUGGGGACCAGGCGUGGGAAUGGGAGGGCAGAUGAAGGCGGUUGGGGGGAUGGGGAAGCUGGCGUGGAGGUGUGGGAACGGGGUGGGGAACGUGGUAAGGAUGGCAGGGGGGCUAGUAGUAGGAAGCGUGGAAACGGUUGUGGAGAAUGUGAUGGAGGCCUUUGGGCAGGACCAGAACUGUGGGUGGUUUGGGUCUACAGAGAAUGUUAAUCAAUAACGUUGCAGAUUUUUUUGCAAACCUUGAAAAUUGUAUAUUUUGUUCUUAUAAAUUAUGUAAAAAUGCACCAGAUAGCAAGAGAGAAUUGAUGUGUAUGCCGCAAUGCCAAUGCCUCUAGCUAAGCUGUCUACCACAAACGCAUAGUUCGGCACACAACACAUUUUCAUAUUGUUUUACUCCCUAAAGUAGAUUACUUCUACUUCUACUACUUCUUAGUUGUAAAGAAGCAGGAUCCCAAAAGACUAAAGCUGAGAUGAAUGGUAUAUGUGUCAGAAAGAGAAGUAAUGAACUCCUGAGUGGCGCAGUGGUC